AUGAUGUUAGGUGAUGAUGUUAUAAGAAAUGAAGAUAUAAAAUUAGACUGGGAUUUUAAAUACAGUUUAGUGAUAGACUUAGUUAGGGGUUUACGAUACCUACACAACAGUAGUUUAAAAUGGCAUGGUUAUCUGAAAUCAACCAAUUGUGUUAUAGACAGUCGCUGGGUUUUAAAAUUAACAGAUUAUGGAUUACCUGGGUUUCUGGGACGAGCUAAACAAAUCCGAGAACAGGAUACUUUAGAUUUAUUGUGGACAGCACCAGAAUAUUUACGUCUAGAAGGUAACCAGAUUCAUAAGGGAUCUGAAAAGGGAGAUGUAUAUAGUUUCGCUAUAAUAAUGCAGGAAGUAGCAUUAAGAAGUGACCCCUAUAGUACAACAGGUUUAGCACCUAAAGAAAUUUUUAGAAAGUUGAAGAAACCGCCACCUUUAAUCCGUCCAUCCGUGUCCCCUCAAUUCGCGCCUCCACCAUAUAUACAACUAAUGAAACAAUGUUGGUCUGAAGCACCUGAUAUGAGACCUGGAGUGGAAGAAAUUUACGACCAGUUUAAGAAGAUAACCAGCGGGAAGAAAGCUAAUAUAGUGGACACCAUGUUUCGAAUGUUAGAAAAAUACUCCAACGAUUUAGAAGAAAUUGUCAAUGAUAGAACGGUUCAGUUGGAAGAAGAAAAAAAGAAAACAGAUCAGCUAUUGUCUAGAAUGUUACCUCCGGCUGUAGCGGAAUAUUUAAAAAGCGGUAAACCAGUAGAAGCUGAAACGUUUGCCGAAGUAACGAUAUAUUUUAGUGAUAUCGUAGGAUUUACGACUAUAUCAGCUAUGAGUACACCCAUGCAAGUUGUUGAUCUACUAAACGAUCUUUAUACGAUGUUUGAUGCUACGAUUGAACAAUACGAUGUAUAUAAGGUUGAGACUAUUGGUGAUGCCUAUAUGGUAGUAAGUGGUCUACCUACGAGAAUUGGGUAUAAACAUGCAGGGGAGAUAAGCACCAUGGCAUUAGAUCUCCUCAGUCAGUGUGGUACGUUUAAAAUACGUCAUAUGCCGGAUGUGCCUCUUCGUCUUCGAAUCGGUCUGCAUACAGGAUCGUGUGUUGCGGGUGUUGUUGGGUUGACUAUGCCUCGAUAUUGUUUAUUUGGAGACACUGUCAAUACAGCAUCAAGAAUGGAAUCCACUGGAUCAGCAUUUCGAAUUCAUGUUAGUGAAGAGACAAAGGAGGUGUUAUAUGUAUUGGGUGGAUAUAAAUUGGAAUUCAGAGGAAUGACAGAUUUAAAGGGAAAGGGAAAACGUCCAACCUAUUGGUUGACUGGAAAAGAAGGAUUUACGAAGCCCCUCCCUGAUCCCCCAGAUCUAAGUGCGGAUAGCCACGGUCUUGCCUCUGUUCUGUCAUCAGAUAGUUUGUCCACCAUGUUUAAUAACGACACGACACUUCCGGCCAUGGACAGACCCGAACCAAUCCUUGAGUCUAACGAGGAGGAGGCGAAUAACUCCUUCAGAAUAAGUCCAGAUCAGGAACAAACGUCGGUUAACUUUGAGAACAAAUCCGAUAAGGAGGAAACGUCGAGCUCAAAAGACAAAAGCAACACGAACACUCCAAAGAAAUCGUCUGCAGUUUCAACAAAGGCUAGUUCCCCGAAACCUGAAACAAAGAACAUAACAAAACGACCAAAUACACCAAAGUCCCGACCUAAAAGUUCCGAUCUAAAAAACUCCACGGUAUCAGAAAUACCACUAAAGAACAUAGUGAAAGCGGAAGUAACCGUUGAAAAACGACCAACAGAAAAACAGACAGAUCAAAACGAUAAACUGGUCAAUGAUCGCUCGAUGAAACACAAAAGUCCCAAUAAAGUCAAAAGUGAACAUUCGAGUAGUGAUACGUCUAUAGCAAAGACAGCAGCUAGUGAUAGAAGUAGUUCCAGUACCCAAAGCCUUUCUGAUUUAACGAAAAAUAACACGAAUAAUAAUAAUAAUAAUAAUAACAAUGCUCAAUUAAAUGCCCCCGCCUCAAUCUCCUCAACAAACUCUUAUCCUAACAUUCCAAAAACUGAUAAAUCCAGACCAAGAACGCCCACAAACACGGGUGGUGAAAAGGCUUCAACCGAGCCCCGUAAAUUGGAAAUAGUUUGUGGAAAAACUGGACCACAUGAGGACAUGAAAAAUGGCAAAAGUUGCCCCGAGAUGCAGCCGAAUCAUGUGGAUGAUGUUAUUAAAUCUAACCCUAAACCACAAAAUAGUCCUGGAAAACAUUCUGUAAAACAUGCUGUUAAACAUGAUAUUAAAAACACAUCUGAUGACGUCAUUGUUAACAGCGGUGAGGUUGUGAACAAAAGCUGUGACGCAGUACAAAAAAAUGAUGAGGAUUGUGCGGAACAGCGCUGUAGUGACAUAACUGUAGUUAGUGUAUUAUCAGCCUCGGAUAUUGAUAUCAAUGCGGAUAAAUUAGAAAAAAGUCCAAAUGAUAUCAAGUUAAAGCAACAACAAAAGAAAAUUGAUUCUUCCCGACUACCACCGAUAACACAACUUUAACCCGUUUAGCCGUGUUUGGUUGCUGCGAAUCUGGUUCUAAUUUUUUUCAAGAUACAUAAUCCAUUCCGUAUAUUUCCUAAAGAAUUCUAAAUGCUAAUAUUAUGUUACCUGUUAACACAGUCGGAGAAGCAGGAUGAUGUUAUGUGUAAAUCUUGAUAUUAUUUUGAAGAUACAAAAUAACGUGUCCUUUGUCGUAUCUUCUAAGAUACAUCGGGAUUUAGAUAACAAAUAGGUGUAGGAUUCGCUGCAAUCAAACACGCCCUUUUACAAAUAUAAAUAAUUAGAAAUUGUUGCUAUGUAUUAUAAUUAUAAAUAAUCCGAUUUGUCCUCCUCUUACACAAAAAUCAUCCACGAGGCAAAAUAAAAUCCCGAUUUGUUGCUUUAAUCUUGUAGAACAAAUCAAUUUAAGAAUUCAUUUUGAUAUGCAAAGGUCGGGUUAAAUUGUACAGUAGACCAUGGGCAUGUGAUUGUAAUUUGACCAAAAUCCGCGAGAGCAAUAUAUAUGUAUUAAGGAUUUAAGCAGACAGUGCAACUUGAUGUUUUGAGUUUAGCACGUUGAUUAACCUUAUUCUUGUUUGUCUUUGUAUUUUACUUAAUUGUUAUUUCCUUCGAGGUUUUACUGAAUUACUUUGUCAAUAAUAUAAGAAAAUAUAAACUAUUUAUUGAUCAAGUUUUGUUAUCUUGUCAACAUAAUUUCCUCAAACGAAAGAGACGUUGAUCGAGACAUAGUAUACAAUAUUACCUGUGGCUAAAAUGAAUAAAUACAGAUUCAAUCUUUUUAUUUAGAAAUAACCAACCAAUGUUAGAAUCUGAAAUAAAGCAGAUAAAGACGCACGUUAAUUAAAAAAAAAUCUUUGGGUAUAUUUAAAGGGGAAUAACUCCAGUUUUUGGUGCUUUGCAAUAAAAAGUGUGCGACUGGAUUGACUAACGUCAUUAACUUUCUAGUUUGUGAUCAGUUCGUGUAUCUUGUAUUUGCCUCUCUAAGUCAUGAUUUACAUUGUAUAUGUAUGUGAUUCACGAAGUUUUCCAUCGUUGUAUCAAUAUCCUUACCUUGUUUAUAAAUCAGUGCCUUUAGUAAUAUAGUAAUGUGACCGGGUAACCUAAUCUAUUACAUUAUCUUUAAUAUCCAGACCACCCGUUGAAUAUGUUAGUACAUGUCCCACACUGUUUAAAUGUAGGGCGCUUGUUAAUAUACCGAAAACUCUGCAAUUCGAUGAUGCUUUCAGACGAUUCCCAAAUUCAAAGCCAUAAAGUCCCUCUAUUCCACAAUUAUAUGCUAGUCUUUUUUGUUUUGUUUUAUUUUUAUUGUCUAUAAUAUAUGAAAAAAUAUACUAAUCUUCUAAAGUUAGUGUGAUUACCUUCUAUUCCAUGUAAAUAUAGAUUAUUAUUAUUGUUAUUUAUUGUUAGUAAAUUGUUGAUAAUCGUGGUAAUUGUGAUAAACUGGUCUUUCUUCAUAACCAUAUCUCCUCAAACUCAUUAUAGAUAAAUUAUCUUGCACGUAAAGUCUCGUCGCUUCAUAUUUGCGCAAUAGGAAUCCCGAGCAAACUACAAUAUUGUGACAGUUGAAUCUCUAAAUGUCCAAAAAUAGUCCAAUUCUCUUCGGUAACAAUCUCAUUAAAACACAUAUCCUAUUUCGUUUCGUCUUUUAUAGUUCAAAAUUUCGUUUAACUUGUCUUUACUAUGUAUAUAGUGUCUUGUUAUAUUUUCACAUCUUAUCAUUGCUUGAUAAUGACUAGAGAAGCCUAGUCGAAACGUCGCUUAAUAACAGUAAUUGUAUUCCAUAGAAUGGUUACCUGUAUAUUCCAGUUCAAUUACUAAAUGCCAUUGAAAGAAUUUGUCUUUACUACACUAGGAUCUAGAAGAGUUGUUAUAUAACCCGCGUUCUGGCUGCUGUGAGCGGUUAGCAAUAAAAAACGGUCUGUUGCGGCGAGUUUUUGGCGUGCCAUGCAGGGAACUUUGGCUAUCCUUCUAGAAACGUCAACGCUGAUUGCUUAAUCAAAUGUAUGACGUCAUAGGACCAUAACUGCUCGUAUGACCCCGAUGUGACCUCCCACUAAAACUGGUCCGAUCUUCAUGUAGUAGAGGUCAUCGUAGCCUAAGUAUGAAAAAAAAACGAAGCGAUAUAUAGAUCUGUAUUUUAAUCAGAUUGGUUCUGUAAUUACAAAGAUAAUGUUGAACUCGCUAUGUAAUAAGCCCGCUGCCAUAGUGGAUAGGCCUAUUUUAAAUCCAGUUGAAUCCAAGCCGGAAGAUUAUCUAAAUGUUUAUCAAUCAAUCUACAUAUUACAUAGUACGGUGGAUUUAGCCUUGAGAAAUUUGAUAUUUUAGCGUACAAUGCAAAUGACGCAUCGAUAUAAAGAUUAUUAUACAAUCAAGUCAACCAUUCCCGUUUUUCAGACACCUGAUAGUAGAAUAAACAAUUCAUGAAGAAACGUCAUUGCUAAACUCUUCAAUUUAAGUAAGAUGAAAGAUGUUACCGGAGUUUGAUACCUGACGAUUGUUUUUAUUUUCUUGUGUUUUCGUUUUUCGUGUUACAUUAUUUUAAUGGGCUCCAAAUGCAACGAAUGUGAUAAUUAUAAAUGAAUUGUUAAUUUCGUAAGCACCUGAUAUAAUUCCUUAUAUACCACCAUUUAUAUUAAAUAGCAUAAUGUAUGAGUAUCUGUUUUAGAUAUACCAGUGUUGACAAUUUAUUAGAGUUUAAAUGAGACGUUAUGUAGAAAUGAAAUCAAAUAUUGUGAAUGAGUCACUGGUAAUUGUAUCAUGAAUUGUGUAUAAUUUACAAGUUUUUUUUAUAUCACGUAAUGUGCAUACUUUACUGAUAAUUAUAUAAAAUAUUGUGUAUAAUUUACUACUAGUAAUUAUUAUUCACUUUUGAUUAUAUCAAGUAAUAUGUAUAAUUCAUUAGUAAUUGUACUUCAUUUGUGGGUAUACUAAGUAUUUUGUAUAAUUUACUAGUGAUUAUAGCAGGUAGUGUGUAUGAUUAAAUUCAGUAUUGGACAUAAUUUACUAAUGAUUGUACCAAAUAUAGUGUAUAUUUUCUAGUGCUUAUAAUUGUGUAUAAUUGACUAGUGGGUAUAUCAAAUAUUGUAUAUUAUUUAUAUCAAGUAAUGUGUGUAAUUUACUAUUAAUUAUAUCAAGUAUUGUGCAUACUUCAAUAGUAUGUAUAUCACAAAUUGUGUAUUCUUUACCAUUGAUUAUAAUUUAGUGAUUAUAUCAAGUAUAUAUUUGUAUA